AUUUCUUAAUGGGCCUGACCAAAGAACUACUUGAUUGACUGAUUGCCGUUUGGAGAUUUUGGCGAAGCAGACUUCGAAGGAUUACAGCUUUCCAAUCAAUGGCAGCAAUGGCUGCUGCGAGGCCAUUUGUAAUAACUUUACUAACAAGACAAAAACCCAGAUCAAUUCUCGUUCCUUUCGCUUCUUCUUCGUCUUCUUCGCCUCUGAAAGCGAGAAAGUUAAUUCUCUACUCAAAACCCGGAUGCUGUUUGUGCGAUGGCCUCAAAGAGAAGCUUCAAACUGCCUUCUUGCUUUCUGGGCCCCAUUCACUUCAUGACGUCGAUUUGCAGGUAAGGGAUAUUACUAGCAAUCCUGAGUGGGAGAGAGCUUACCAAUAUGAGAUACCUGUGUUGGCUAAAGUGCUUUCUGAUGGCACUGAGGAAAUUCUUCCUCGAAUAUCUCCUCGGCUUGGAGUGGAGCUUGUCCAGAAGAAGAUUGCUGCUGCUUUGACACAAUAAGGGUCUUUGUAAUUGAAAUUCUGGCAUAAGUUGCGUUUCAAAUUUAUCACAUCAUAUUGAGAACAAAUGUUAUUUUUGCAAAUGUGUGAAAUUCAUUUGUAAUUGAAAUUUCAUAUUUUUUGUUUACGUAUUCAAUGCAAAUUCUAUCAAAAAAAUUUUGAGUCUUGUUAGUUUAGAAUUCA